AUGGCAGACGAAGAGGACUAUACAAAUCUCCCCGUCGAGGAAAAAAUCGUCCAUAAAGUAUGGAAGGUCAGACAAGACGGCUACACCGCGCUUAAUGAUCAAUUUACCAAAUCGAGAGGUCCAGACGACUCCUGUUUUUCCAUAUUCAGCCAGAAGCCCGAACUCGUCAAACAAAUCGUGACCGACUCCAAUGUUGUGGCACAAGAAGCUGCUCUACAGGCAGUCUGUCUGUUUUUUGAAUUUGGCGGUAACGGGAAUAAUGCUGCUAAAUUGAGGAACGCUGGUCUUAUAACUAGUCUAUGUGAGAAGGGUCUUUCUUCAAACAGAGCAGGUACGAAAGCAAAGGCUGUGGACGCUCUUUUGUGGAUAGUGGAGCUCACCAAUAGCGGAGACGCUGUCAUUGAACAAAUUGUGCCGUUUUUUGACAACAGACUUCCCAAACUCGUGGCUGCUUCUGUGAAUGCAGUGUACUCAAUAAUCGAACAGUUUGGCUGCCAGGUGGCGUCUCCAAAGCCUGUUAUUCCAAAACUCGCAAAGCUUUUCUCUCAUGCUGAUAAAAACGUCCGUGCUCAAGCAACUACACUCACAGUCGAAAUCUACAAGUGGAUGGGACAAGGUCUCACGCUGGUGCUCAUGGACAGCUUAAGACCGGUGCAACAGAAGGACCUCCAGGCUGAUUUUGAAAAGGUUGUAGGAGACAAACCCACACAAAAGCGUCUUACGAAGAAGCAACAAGAAGAGUUGGCUCAGCAGAGUAAGAACGAGAAUGAGGACGUUGAUAUGGAUGCAGAAAACACACCGGAGAACGGGGCAGCGCCAGCUGAGGAGUUUGAUCCAUUCCUGAUGUUGGAGCCAGUGGAGGUACUCCUGAAACUACCGCUGAACUUGCACAGCUCAAUGGCUUCCGCUAAGUGGAAGGACCGUAAGGAAGCCCUUGACGAAGUUCAUGCUGUUCUUUCCAAGGCCCCAAAACUCGCCAACGACGACUAUACUGACUUGGUUCGUAUUUUUGCCAAGUGUAUGAAAGACGCCAACAUCCAGGUGGUUCAGCUAGCUGCUAACGGAAUUGAAUUCUUGUCCAAGGGUCUCAAGGAGGGUUUCCACAAGUAUCAACAUUUAGUUGUGGGACCAAUGAUCGACAGGAACAAAGAGAGGAAACCAGCAGUGACAGAGGCGCUAGGUAACGCACUUGACUCCAUCUACCAAUCGUCUUCUUUAGGCGACGUCCUUGACGAAACGCUCAAUGGUAUGAAGCACAGAACACCCCAAGUCAAGAUUUCGGCAACCGACUACCUACGUCGUUGUUUGGCCAAUGCCACUGUUCCUCCAAAACGCUCACAAAUUGAUGCCAUAAUGGAAGUCGGUGUGAAACUUCUAAGUGAGUCUCAGGAGACUAUAAGACAGGCUGCUACAGACAUGAUAGGUACAUUGAUGAAGAUCACCGGAGAAAGAGAGCUUCAGGGAUUUUUGGAGAAAGUGGACGAGAACAGAUUGGCCAAGGUCAAAGCUGCUCACGAUAAGGCAGAGGUCAAAACCACAGCUAGUGCUGCCCUGCCACAACGGAAACAGCCUCAGCAGCCAUCACGUUUGGCUACAAGCUCUACCAGUAAGAUUUCUCUGGUCCCACCUCUCCGAAAGCCUACUUCAUCUCAAGCUAUUCCUUCAAAACGUGGUGCUACGUCUCCUGCCAAAAAGCCCGAGACAACGAAGCUCCCGUCUUCUGUGAGAAGUCUCACCGGUCGUCUGUUGGUGUCGUCUUCAACAAGACCAACCCCCAGUGCACCAGAGCCUGUUCAAAAGGGGCCUUCAAUCGACGCCGAACAGCUCCGUGAGCUUGGAUCUCUCAGGAAGGAGAAACAGGAGCUUUUGGCUCACACAAAGAGGCUUGUUGAGUCACAAAGCCAAUGGGAGAGAGAGAGGGAGCAGUGUUACGAGCAGAUGAGACAGCUUCAGGCUCAGCUUGAGACUCUUCAGGACGACAAUGCCGCCAAACGUCAGGAGGUGAUUGACAAGGACGCUGAGAUCCUUCAUCACAAGAACGAAGCAGGAAAUGCUAAGCUAAAGAUCCUCAGUAUGGAACAGGUUAUUGCCAUGUUGAAGCUCAACCCAACUGGCAACCCAGACUCGUUGAUUGAAGAGAGGAGAUCCGACCCACCACAGCCAUUAUUCUCGCCCACAAGAACGGUAGAGCUUCAGGGCGAGGAGUCAAGAGGCACUAAUAAUGAGCUUAGCUCCCGUGUGGACCGUCUUUCUAUUGAUGGACAUAAUGCUUCAGGUUUCCAAGAACCAAAACAAAACUACCCUAGUCCGAAAAAGGCCGAGCUCACGCGUCAUACAAGCAGUUACAGCACCUCCAGUUCCAAGGAGAAUGUUUCUGAAGAAGACAACUGGAAGAAGGCCGCUGAAGUCACUGCUCAGUUGAAGGCUAGAAUUGAGAAGAUGAAGCAGAGAAACAGACUCUCCUUAAACAGGCCUUAG